AUGCCGCGUCUCGUGCGCCGUCAACCGCUCGCGGAGCGCAUCCGGUCGUUCCUCAACCCAUGGGAUUUUCUUUUGUGGCUAUCAGAGUCUAUUGAGGGGUACGACUGGGAUCAGCUCGAGAAAGAUUGGGGUCUCACUAUUGGAGUUCUCUUGAACUUUGUCUUCCUUAUCGCACGUGCAAACAGUGGUUCAAGUGGGAGCGAAGCCAUCGAUGAUGUCUUUGGAGACAAUGACGGCGUGCCCUGGCUGAGCUGGUUUGGAUCGGCUGUCGUUCAUGUUCUCGGGCUAUUCUCCUUCGUCAACGCCAUCUACACUUUCCAAAAGAAGCGAUACUACCGAUUCUUUGAAGCGCCCAUUGAUACCGCUCCUGCGAGCUCAUCUGCUUCCCGCGUUCGGGUCGACUCAAGCCCGAUGGUAGCAACGCCUCUUCGCUAUCUUGCCAACGUAAUUUCUUCAGAAUCUGCGCACUCGCGUGCGCACCCUGACGCGCACCGCGACGUCUGGGAGCUGGCCAUGUGGGACCCGUUGCCAAUCUCCAUUCGACUGCUCUGCUUGUUCAGUCCUGGCCAUGUUUUGGUCUACUACCUCUUUCUUCCAACUCAGUUGUCGGAUCCCAGGCCUAGCGUGACUGUUGCAACAACAAUCCUCUUGACCGUCCUGCUCUCCGUUCAAAUGUCUUUCAUAUCGAGCUUCUACAAACAACAGGCGAAGGAUUCAUUACUCGUGCAUAGGGAGGUUCUGAAGGAAUAUGAUACGAAAUUCGUCCACCCCCGGACUCAACCUUUGAUGAGAGACGUCGGCACGCAAUUCACGGAAAAAAGCGACCUCGUCCCAACUUCAGGCAGCCCGAACAAGGUCGAGACUUACACUCCAACCUUCAUCGUUAACCGGGGAUUCAGAACCAGUCCCAAUCCGAAUUAUCUUAGCCAUGUUGACCCGGAAGGCCUUUCUCCACGACGCCCGAGAACUUCUACGCCUACUGCGACUUCUAUCUUCCAAACUCAGCCGUCUUUGCAAACGCCGGUCAUCUCGCGCGAAGGGACCCCCUUGGUGAGGACAGUGAAGACAAACAUGAGACAGCCGCAGUUCCGAACACAGUCAGCGAUGUCAGGUGAUGGGGGUAGCCUCGGAGUUUAUUCGCAUGCCAACUCCCCUUUGCGGAAGUCUGCAUCUACGGCAUUUGAUCGCCGUCUACAAAGUAACGGAGAUUUCUUCUAUACAGAGAGAGGGGCGAGCCCGUUAAGGAAACAGUCCAGCCCCCUCAAGCGAAGCAGCUUGGCCGGGCCAAUGGGUAGUUCAGCACCAGGACCUCAGCCAGCUAAUCAAGGUUCGACGAAUCGCCGUGAAACCGGUCGAUUCUAA